UUUUCGGUUCUGUUUGUUCGUCGAAUGCGAGAAAAUUCUUGGCACGAGGUCAAUAAAUGAGCGAAUCGUUGGCAUAAUUAACGUAGAACAUGAAUGACCGUGAUUGAAUUAUACAAACUUUUCCACGUGCCAAACUCUCAGUCAAUUUUCUUUUAUGUGGCGCCCCCGUGAAAUUGCAAACUGGAAAACAGGUUGUAAUUACAGCACCACUUUUAUAUAAAGCCUGGGGGCGCCGAAUUCGACCGCCCCCUGAUAAGGAUAAGUUCGAGUGUGUACAUAUUGUCCAAUUGAAAUCGUUUGUCGCCACUGAACUCUCAUUCAGUCGCUGGAGUGCCGUUGAAAAGGCUUAUUGUGUUGAUUGUGGUCGGUCCGAUCCGUAGCGAAAAAUAUGAAAAUUGAAUGGGCUCCUCUCAAAGUCCCGCCGCGCAGGCGUCUGCAGACCCUAGUCACGCUUCUGAUCACGUUUACGUGCUUCAUUCUGUCAAUAACUGCCAUUCCGAUUAUUGUGGCUUCGCUGAUCUAUGGUGGUCUGAUUCUGCGCAGCUUGAUACUCGUCUACUUGGUCUACAUACUCUAUGAUCACAAGCGAAACAACUCCGUAAUAGAUGGAAAUGGCUGGCUGUUGAACCGCUCUAAUCGCCUGUAUCGGCACUAUCGCAACUACUUUCCCGUGGAACUGGUGAAAACAGCCGAGCUGCCACCAAACAAAAACUAUAUCUUGGCUAGCUUUCCGCACGGCAUACUCGGGUAAGAAUGUCGACAGAUUGCCGCCCAAGAGGCCAUGGACUCACAUCCAGGGCAAUACAUUGUGACCCUAAAGAACCGCAAGGGAUUCGUCAAAAUGGCUAUACGAACGGGAUCACCGAUCGUUCCGACGUUUUCCUUUGGGGAGGUGGACAUAUUCGAUCAGGUGCCCAAUCCCCCGAAUUCCCUGGUCCGUCGAGUGCAGACUGCGGUGAAACAGCUUACGGGCAUAUCACCUCUGAUUCCAGUGGGUCGUGGAAUCUUCAACUAUUCCUUUGGCUUCCUGCCAAAUAGAUGUCGCAUUGUACAAGUUGUGGGCGCCCCCAUCAAUGUGGUGAAAAGUGAUCAGCCUGAUGCCGCCUAUGUGGACAAGGUGCAUGGCCAGGUCAUGGAGGCUCUGGAAAAGAUGUUCGAAAAGUACAAGAAGAAAUAUAUUCUGAACUCAAAGAACACCAGGCUGGUCAUCAAUUAAACGGGAAAAUGUUCUAUAAGUAUGUCGACGAAAUGUGAUCUUAGUUCCACUUGCAUUUAAUAUAAACCUAAAUUCGU